GUGUAUUUGUCUUCUUCCUUUUGCUAUAAAUUCUUGUAUUUUUCGACAGAAAUUCGGAAUAUUUUAAUUCGGAGUUCAAUAUAUUGGCGAUGUCAGUUGAUGUAGAAUUUUGCAUUGGGUUGUGGUUUGUUUUUUUGAUUCUUUACAGAUAUUGAAAUCAUUACAAAAGCUGUUCAAAUGUAAAAAUAAUUAGUGAUAAUUGCUUGUCAUAUACAAAACAAAACUUAUAGUUAAAAAUUAGGUAAUCAACGCUUCAAACUUUGCACGGAAUUUUUUCUCAACAAAAAACAAAGGAGAUACUAAUUUUUUUAAAAGGCGGAAACAAGAAGAACCCAAAAGCUUACUGCUCUCUCUCUCCCUAUUGUCGCAUUCUUCUAUUUCUAAGAAUUAGUCUCACACAACAGCUUUUCGUUUGUGUUCUCUUGCUUUGCGCCCAAAUAAGCACUUGUAGUCUAACAGUACUAUCCACAAUUUCUACGCAAUCGUCCAAACAACGAACACCGAAAAUUUUAAAUGUCACAGCAUUCGAAAAAAGAUACGCCUACCAGCCGCAAUCGUAAACAACAACAAACACAAAAUGCAGACAGUGUAAAACAAAAGGUUAAUGCACCAGGAGGUGGAGGUGGCAAUCAAUUAAGUGUUAAUAAAAAAUCGAAUGGUGGCAUACCUUGGUCCAGCAAUGUCGCCGUUGGCACGCCAGCUGGCAGUUUGCUUACGUCAGCUGCAGCUGCACCGGCGCUCAUACGAAAAAAGUCACAAUCCAAGUUGCAAAAGGAGAAGGAACGUGCCGAACGUGAAACUCUGGUAUUGUGGCGUCGUCCAGUGCAAACUGUGCGCUAUUGUGGCCUGGAGUUAGUCGCCAUUGCACAAACCUCGGGAAAGCGACUACUCCAACAACGUGGCUUACUCGCCAUUAUGUUAGUUUUAAGUAUUAUAUUAGGUUUUCUUUGUUAUCUACCUGGUCCACAUCAGCUGAUAUUGGAUGUUGUGCGACGUAAUACAUGGUUCUUUAUCUAUUGGACUGGUUUGGGUGUACUGUCGUCGGUUGGUUUGGGUACAGGCUUGCAUACAUUUUUGCUGUAUUUGGGGCCGCACAUUGCCAGUGUAACUCUUGCUGCUUAUGAAUGUAAUUCGUUAAAUUUUCCACGUCCACCAUACCCCGAUGAUAUUAUCUGCCCGGAGGAGCCAUAUGUAAAGAAGAUGCCAAAUCUGUGGAUGAUUAUGAGUAAAGUGCGCAUGGAAGCAUUCCUUUGGGGCGCCGGCACUGCUUUGGGUGAAUUGCCACCAUAUUUCAUGGCAAAGGCAGCGCGUCUCUCUGGCUAUGACCCUGACGAUGCUGAGGAAUUGGCUGAAUUUGAGGCUUUGAAAGCUAAACGCAAUCAAAAGAAUUUGAGCUUAAUGGAUAAGGGUAAAUUGUUUAUGGAACGUGUGGUGGAACGUGUUGGCUUUUUGGGUAUUUUGGCAUGUGCGAGUAUACCCAAUCCACUAUUCGAUUUGGCUGGCAUCACAUGCGGUCACUUUUUGGUGCCAUUCUGGACUUUCUUCGGUGCUACGCUCAUCGGCAAAGCCAUUAUUAAAAUGCAUAUACAAAAAGUUUUCGUUAUAAUUGCUUUCAAUGAAGCGUUAAUUGAACGAGCUGUCGAUAUGCUUGGCAAAAUGCCCAUAUUGGGCAAAAAGUUACAGGAACCCUUCAAGGGUUUCCUAAAUAAUCAGAAAAAACAUUUGCAUCGCGAACGGCAACCGGCAGCCGAGUCUGGUAACUUGCUGUCCAAGGUGUUUGAGAUGUUCGUCAUUGGCAUGGUAUGCUACUUUUUGAUCUCGAUUGUUAAUUCCUUGGCGCAAAGCUAUCAUAAGCGAAUCCAUAAGAAGCAUGUGAAAAAGGUGAAGAAAAUAGUUGCUAAGGAUUAGAAAAUAAUGAGCGAGUCAAAUGUGGUCGGGAUGGAUCUGGCGUUCGGAGAAAGACAGCAAAAGUGCAAUACCUAGAGAAUGGCGCUUACGACUGAUGUAUUGGUAUUGUAUUAGAACAGCGGCAGGAGAGGAUGAACUUAUUUAUAUUCGAGUUAAAUUGUCUACACACCUACAAAUGUUGUGCUUAGAUAAAUUCCUAAUUAAGUUAAGCAGAGAAGUUAACAUGAAUAUGAAAAAUUAAAUAAAAGAAAAGAGCCAUCAGCGCAAAUCAUUAAUUAAAGAAAAGGGACAAAAGAGUUCAAGGUGCCGUUGGUGAUUUAGUUAAAUUAUAAAUUUUUGAAAUGUGAAUGUAAUUUUGCAUAAAAUUUCACAAAAAUCAAAGAGUUAAGUUUAUUCUAUGAACAGCGGAAUUUGUGCAGCCUUAAGCUGAUUGAAUUAUAAGAAACUAGUCCUAAUUUGUAUGUGUGUAUGUACAAAAAUAUAGGAACAUUUCAAUUUAUUUUACAUUAAAUUACGCAUGUAUGAUAUGUGAGUGUUUUUUUGAAUGCAUUAAUUUUCGCGUAAUAAAAAGGGGAUGUAAGACAAAUAGAAAAUAAUGUAUUUAAAAAAGCCAGAAUUAAAUAUGCAAAAAAAAA